CCAAUCGCUUUCCCGUCUUCCUCCGCACAAACACUUUCCCCCUCCCACCCAUUCACAAUAGCCACCAUAUCCUCCUCAAUGCCUGCCGUAGUCUCGAACGCGACCCGUAUAUGGGAGCUCAACAUACACUGGGCCCUCUUCUCUCAGUGUGGAGUAUGGGACCCCAAAGGUCGUGGCGUCGACAUCUGGGAAUGCAUCCGUGCUCAUAAUUCGACGCCUGGCACCCAGCCCCCAAACACUCUCUACUGGCGCUAUGUCGCCCGUCGAUGACCCUGCGCCGUGCGCGGCUAUCAUCCUUCUCCCUUCCGCCCUCAUCCUCACCCUACCCCUCACUCCCGUAUAUCCCCGUCCCUCCUCGUCGACUGCUGCGCACCAUCGUGACUGCAGGUCUCAAGAACCCGCCUCCGCACCACAUCACGCGCCAUUCGCCCCCUCUCGUCACAGACGCCUUCGCCCUCACCUCCCCGCACAUUCCUCUGCGGCAUUCUGUGGCGCGUGACAUAGGUCGUCGAGUCCGAAAUCUGGCUCCCGGACGAGUACGCCCAACAGCACGCCGCGUCGCACGAUGGCAUCCGUUAUCUUAUUUAUUCUGAGUUGCUGCGACGGGAGGCCUCGGAGGAGGGUUUGAGGCAUGGAGGGGACGGGGGUUGGGUUGGGGUUAGGUUUGGGGUUGUCCGCGUUCGUCCCUGCUCUCUUUUGGUGUCUUCGUUUCCUUCUGGCUCUCCUUUGCCUUCCUCCAUCUGCGCUAUUCUAUUUUUCUCUUCGCUUCUGUCCAUGCACUCUCCUGGUCUGUGUCUGUGUCGUGUUUCGUCGGUUCAUCUUAUUUAUCUAUCUGGUCUGCUGUGCUAUGGUCCGCCUAUCCCUGUUCUCAAUCAUGCUAUCGUCCCCACCGCCGCUGCCAUCGCACCCUCUCAAAUCAUCCGCCGCUGGACGCGACACGCUUCUCUUCUCUCGCCCCUAGCCUUUUCCAGCUCGCAUGUCUCGCUCUCUCUUCCUCGCUCCCCCCUUCCCUCCUAGCCAUCGAUCUUUCGAUCCUCCCAACAUGCAUUCUUCCCACGCUCACCCACUCCACCUAGUGUGUCCGUCCGUCCAGUUGUCCCGCUCCCACUCCCACUCCACCCGCAUCACAUCAUAGUUCGGCCUUCUACUUCUUCUCCUUCCUUUCUCGCCCGCCUGUCCGGCACGCAUAUACGCUACAUCGCCCGACUAGUAAACUGUUAUUUCCCUACGCACGUGCUCACACAUCAUAAACGCAUGACCCUGAACCUGCCCGCGUCUCCACCUACCUACCUACCUAUCCCCUACACGUAUUAGUCCAUUCACGCAUCGUAACUCUAUCCGUACCGUAGCGAACUCGUAUCAAUAGACCUGACUAUUUCUGGCACCCUU